AUGAUACAAAACCUCAAAAUUAUAAUUUUCACAUACUCGUUAAAACAUUUAACAACCCCCCAUUCCUUAUCUUUCAACUUUUCCACGUGGCAUUAUGGAUUGUGGAAUGAAGAGUUUCAUGUCUGUUCGGAAGAUUUUAAGGAAAAUGCUACAGUUCCAGGGAGUAGGUCGUUGGAAUGUGCUCUGGUUUGUGCUACUCAGCUCUUCCCUUGUUCAUCUUUCAAUUUUCUUCCCGAUAGAAAUGCCUGUCAAAUUUUUACUAACCCGUCUAAAAAUUUUGUUGCUACGUUCAAGAGAAAUGGAAAAUGUGAAUACUAUUAUAAGAAGACUAAUAAUGCACUGGAAGUUAGACGAAAUUUUUUCUAUACAGAAAAGCUUAUCAAUCUGGCACUGCGCAAGCCCACAUUUUCAAGUUCAACAUUGAUCAACCAUCCUUCACACGACUCCAAAAGAGCAGUGGAUGGUUUCAGAUCAGGAUCCCUCUUCACUGCUGGGUGCUUCCAUAGUGCUAAAGGUCCCCCAAACUGGUUGGCUGUUGAUCUGUUAGCUGUCUACAGUGUUUAUUACGUCAUGCUGCUUAAUCGGGCUGAUUGCUGUGCUCAAAGAAUGAACGAGUACAUAGUUGGACUGAACACCACGUUGGGAUCAAAUGGGAUAAAGAGAUGGGACUACGACCUCUGCGGACAGUAUCCCAAAGAAACCAAACUGAACACCUCUUACAUAACAGUAUGCAACGCUUAUCCAUAUGGACACAAAUUUGUCAUCGUGCAGUCAGCCAAAGAAUCGUCUCAUUUUUUGACGAAUAUUUCAUUUUCACCGGCGGAUCCAGACAGCUGGAUUACAACUUUGAGGGAGUGGACCGAAUGUCUUGACGGGAGUUGGGCGUUUGCUAAAAUAAAAAGCUGGGAACGUCCCUAUAUCGGCCACUGUACAUUUUGA